GUGUCCCAAUCACCGUCUCCCCCUACGUCUUUCCCUUUGCGGCCCUCGGUGACAUUGAGUCCUCCCGCGCCACUGCCUUCUCCUAGGCGUCGUGCGGUUCGGUGGAGUAGGCGGCGAUGGGGAGCCUCCGCGGCCUGCUCCUGGCGGCGGGUGGCACUGAUGGUGUGGUUACUGAAACCCAGACAGAGGUUUCUGGGAUUAUAAACCUAGAAAACUGGAAUAAAUGAGGCCUCUUAAGAAAGAAAUAAAAAUUAAAAAAAAAAAAAGAAAUCAGACUGCAGGGAAUUGUAGGUUAUGUGAAAGAGAUGCUUUCUCAUUUCUAAGGCUUACCAGAAACUCUAAUUUGAAGAGAAUAAAUGGAUUUUGCACCAAACCACAGGAAAGUCCAAAAACUCCACCCCACACUUACAGACACCGAGUGCCGUUACACAAACCUACAGAUUGGGAGAAGAAGAUCCUGAUAUGGUCGGGUCGCUUCAAAAAGGAAGAAGAAAUCCCAGAGACUGUCUCGUUUGAGAUGCUCGAUGCUGCAAAGAACAAGGUCCGGGUGAAGAUCAGUUAUGUAAUGAUCGCCCUGACAGUGGCAGGAUGCAUCUUGAUGGUUAUUGAGGGCAAGAAGGCUGCCAAAAGACAUGAAUCUUUAACAAGCCUGAACUUAGAAAAGAAAGCUCGUCUGAGAGAGGAAGCAGCUAUGAAGGCCAAAACAGAGUAGCAGAGGUAUCCAUGUUGGCUGGAUUUUGAAAAUCCAGGAAUAAUGUUUCAGCAAUAACCUGUAUUAAAAAGAAUGUGGUAUGAGGAUCCACUUCGUGCAAGCAUGGUUGGUACAAAACCAUUUCCCUGUUUUGCUCUAGAGGUACAAAUAAAUUUUCUUAAAAGAAC